AUGCCUGUCACCACGGUGGUCUCUACUUCGCUCCGGUCACCUAUCGACCGGUCCACCCAGGCGUUGGAAGACGAGACACGGCCUUUGGCGACCGGAGAAUGGUGUGGUGAGGCGCGACAGAUGCGACAGAUGGCGCAGCGUGGCGCGCCAGAUGGGUACUCAGUGCAGCACUGGACAAAAUUUCGUGCCGACGCAGAAGAGCUUCUGUACAUCUUGAGGAACCAGGCAAAUCGAGAGGCCCAGGCCAUUGCGCCCCCUCAAUGGGGAAUGACCUUCACCCCAGUGAGGUUGCCGUUGGCAGAAGAGGAGGAGGUUGUGAAGGUGACGGCAUCGGAUUCGGAGAAUGUGGAUGAAGACCAUGGCCAGGCCGUUUGUGAGACACCAGAGCAUUGGUCGCCGACAGAGGUCUUCUCGGAGGAGGAGGACGGGAACACCGACGUGGCAGACAGCGGAGAUCAGUUUCCGCUGGGGACGUAUGUCACCCUCCUCAUCGUCGACCAGAUCCUGAAGAUCUCGAAGGGCAACCACCUCGUCACCCUGGAGGAGGCCAACGUGAUGGUGCUCUCGGUCAAGGAGAAGGCCCGGCGGACGCUGAAGGUGACGAUUCUGGCGUUGUCGACGGGCAAGGUGGAGCUUCGGAGGAGGCGUCAGGCCCGUGGGGCACAGACUUCCUUCGAGGAGCUCAGCGGCAUCGAGAUUGGUCCUCCACCCUGUGAGGUCACCACCCUGCACGACUUCCUGUCGCUCUUCCCACGGACCUUUGAGCUGUUUGGUCCCCGGAAGCAGCUGGUGCGGCCCCUACAGUCUUCCUCGGCGGUGGCUGAUGGGGAGGAAGAGGUGAUGAAGAGAUUGGCCUUGGAUGCCAAGCAACAAGGCGUGGUCCACGCGAUGACGCCCAUCGCCUCGUCUUCGGGCGCCGCUUCGGACAGGUCCAAACGCUCCAGUGCGAUGUCCUAUGCCUCCAGGCCCUUCGCAGUCGCCCCACCUCCGCGACCGCUGGGCGCACCUCGCGGCCCAGCAGUGCAGUGCUUCGGCCCAGUCGACCGGCCUCCGCCGGGUCGUACCAGGUGCAUGCUGGCCGAGCGGACUGGCCAGGAGAAGCCCCUUGGAGUGACGGAGCUCUUGGAUGAGGCGGCGGCUGCCUUGCGAGAUGUGGGUGAUUCCAAGGGAGAGGCCUUCACACUGCUGCACGAGGUGGCCAACGCCUAUUUGGCACGGAAGGAGGUGGACUCGGCGUUGAACGUGGCGUCCGCAGGGCUACGGCUGCUGCGGCAGAGCGAGGACCUGCCUGGAGAGCUUGCGGCGCUCAAGACCACCGCGGAGAUCCACCUCUCGCGCGGCGACACCGAGCCGUGCCUUCGUUUGCUGCAGGAGGUGAUCUCGCUCGCGCAUGACUCUGGAGACGUUUUGGACGAGGUGGAUGCCCAUGUCACUGCUGCACGUGUCCGUGCACUGCGGAGUGAAGGCGAGGAGGCCUUGGCAAGCGUGCAAGCAGCAGGCAAAGCAGCGGCCCAAGCGUCGGGAGAUACAGCCGCAGAGGCCAAAGCGAAGCUGGGCUUGGCGAAAGUCCUUCAAGCGAAAGGAGAUGUGGCGGGCGCUGGUGAAGCGGCGCGAAAGGCAGCGGCACUCUUCAAGCAGAAGAAGUUUAGCUCUGGGGAGCUUGUGGCCUUAGGCCUGGCCUGGAGAUGCACGCCGCCGGCAGAGGCCACUAAGGCUGCGCUGGAAGGUUCCAAGGCAUUGAAGGCCUCCGGUGACCUGGAAGGCGCGGCGGAGGCCCUGCUGGAAGCGACGGAGUUCAGCUUGGUCGAGCGGAAGGCUGAUGAGGCCAAGGAGUUGGCGACCGGUGCCUUACAACUCUUCCGAGAGCUCGAGCAUACCAAAGGUGAAGCGAAGGCGCUCCAAAAGCUCUCGGCGGCGGAGGUGGCAAGGGGAAAGCCGUCCACCAGCAUCAAGGCUGCGGUGGACGUGGUCUCGCUCUACCAACGUCGAGGAGAUCUGCGUGGGCAGGCCGAGGCGACGUGCUACCUGGCUAAGGUCUACAUGGACCUGGGCUCGCUGAAGGAUGCUCUCUCUGAGGUGGGGGAGGCACGGCUGCUCUUCCAGAAGCUCAAGCAACCCCAGCUGCAAGAAGCACAAGUGCUGUUGGAUGUGGCCAUCCCAGCGCAGAUGGCAUUGGAUGAUCCUCCCAAGGCCGUCGCGGUGGCAGAGGAUGCGGCCAACAUUUGCAGAGUUCUGGGAGACAGGGUGGGCGAGGCCGCGGCGUUGAAGGCCUGUGCCAAGGUCUGUGUGCAGAAGGGUGACACGAAGUCUGCGCUACAGGCUUCUCGGCAAGCAGCUUCCGUGCUAGCACGAGCACGACUGGUGAGAGAGGAGGCGGAGGCACUUCACCUCACGGCCAAGGUGCACUUGUUGCGGCUCGAGCCGCGCGAGGCAGUAUCCUCCUCCGCCCAAGCGUUGACGUUGCUGCGACGGCCCGGAGACGAGGACGAGCGCUCCGCCGUGUUGAUCAGUGCAUCCUAUGGCCACAGCAUGGCCUUGGAAUACGAUGGCGCGAUUGGCACCGCAUCUGAAGCAGUUGACCUUUGCCGCCGGACCGGCAACCAGCAGAGGCAGAAGAUGGCCAUGCACGCAUUGGCGGAGGCGCAUCUCAUCAAGGGGAACUACGGCGAGGCUGUGGACACUGCAGAAGAGGCGCUGGAAGGUGAGGUGGAAGAGAAGUUGCUGGAGGCACGUCUCAAGGAGGUGUCCUGCUAUGGGAGGCUGGGUUGGUCACAGUCCAAGAAGAAGGGCCUCCGGGCGAAUCCGCGGGACAUGCUUUUGAAAGCGAAGGCGGCCAGUUCGAUCCUCCUGGCGACCAACAACCGGCGAAACGAGGCGGACGCCAAGUUCUUGCUCGGCAAGGUCCAACUCAAGGCGGGCAACGUUCAUGCGGCCAUUAACGAGGUGACCAAAGCUUAUGAUUGCUACGGCACCUUGAAGGAUGGGCAAGGCGUUGGCUGGGCAGGACUGCUCUAUGCAGCUUGCCUCUUAAGGUCACCCGCCAAGCUCGUGGCCGGUCAAGAGUCCAGCGUGAUCUCGAAGGAAAUCGAAGUACCUCAAUACGAUGGAGCCCUUCAUUCGGCGCUGGUGGCUCACAGCACCUUCCGGCGCAUCGGGGACGAGGAGGGCACCGAGGCCGCACUGCAGAUGGUGAAGGAGAUCCGACACCGACAGGAAGGUUCUGAGGGCGGCUUGGUGAAGGACACGCCCAGACCCAGGCCUCUUCCGCCAGCCUUUACCUCACAGCAAUCUUCAGCUAUGGUGAAUCCGUACCACGAAUUGGUGGGUGGCCGUCAGAUUCCGCAGCAGAUCUCAGUGAUCCCGCUGAUGGGCAUGCCGUGCACUUUACCUUUUCCCUGCCCUCACCUCACACCUGCCUGCGUUGCACGUUGCCGUGUUUGGGACUUCCUCAACGUCACAGGACUGGCCAAAGCGCGCGCGGCGCUGGACUUGCUGGAGUUGCUGGGAGAGAAGGAGGCGACGGCUGUUUUGGGCCGCCCGAACGAUGCACUGCUCCAUGGUGGGCUGUGCCUAGCCUUGGCGGCCUCGGGAUCGUUUGGAGAAGCCUUGAGGUUCUAUCGCCAACACUCACAAGAGAUUGCAGAUGCCCCCUUGAAGGAAGCCUUACUGCAGCUCUGGAUGGAGGAGAACCGCGUCAGGCCGGGUGAUUUGGUGCAGUUCCCCGAUGGCGAGAGGCAGUUGGUGGGCGAGGCCAUCCAGCUGCUGGACUAUGGCCAGUGGCAAGUUCGAGUCAUAGGCCAAGCGCGGCCGCAAGGGCUCGGCGGCGAGGCGGAGAUGGACCACAGCGAGAGUGGCGACGUGAGACGUGUCCAGGAGCUGGACCUAACGCUCCUCUCCCUGCGGCUUUCAGAGGAGCAACGCGACAGCUGGAGAUUGAUCAUGGAGCUCCAGCCACCAUUGUUGGAGCCGAGGAUGAGCGCAGGGAACGAGGCUCGCUGGCGAAGGCUCUUCAGUGCAGCUGCUGGCAUGGCUGCAUCUAGCCAAGAGGAUGCUGGGCUGCCACUGGAGCAGAGCUUCAUUGCCACGGUGUACCAGCUGAUCUUGGAGCAUCAACGGAUCCAUGGUGAACAGGCGUUUCUGCUGCUGGACAUCUUGGGCUGCCGCAGCGCCCUUGAACUGGAUGAUCCUUUGCCCAAGUUCACCCGUCUCAUGCAGGUCUUGAGCAGUUGCAAGAAGCUCACAGUACGCAUGUGUGGCCCUGAAGUGCCGGAAGACUUCGACCUCCUGGUCAACGUGGAUGUGGAGCCGGGCCGUCGGGUGAAGCUGGAACUGAGACGUGGCCUCUACCACGAGCUUUACCAGUCGGCGGAAGCGGCGGAUUUGGUCAUUGCCAUGAACGCCGGAGUUGGAGUAAUCCAGUAUCAGGGCAUGUGGGGACCCACCUUGGAUCUCCUUGCGAGCAGGCCUAAAGGCUUGUUGGCCAUCACCUCCUACACUGCCAAAGAGCUCAUUGAUGAAGAGAAGAUCUUGAGCGAGCGCGUGGCCUCCUUCCGCGUGAAGCCGGCCACGACCCAUGGCUCUCCCACGACCCUGCAAACCGAGCGCACAGCGAUGCGACUGGAGGGGCUGGAGGUGGAGCUUCGCCGCGGCGAUAUUCUUCAGACGGAGGAGGAUGGGACCAUCCAAGCAACCUGUGGAGACGCCUUGAUCUACGUGGGACCCAACCUGACACCUGGGCGACGCCGGAACAUGGGCAUGCUGGUGUUUCAGCUGGGUUUGCCGAGAACGUUCCAGACCGGACUACCAACACCGCCUCCUGAGACGGUGGAAUUGGAGGUGGUGAAGUCUCGUCCAACCCCGGAGAUUAAGCAGCUGGAAGCGCCGAUGGAGGAGUCGUCUCCCAAAGCCAAGCCCAUCAUUUUGCGGUCGGCCUUGGCGAACCUGGAGAAUUGGGACCAUCGCUUCGAUCGAAAAGCCUGGCACAACGUCAAGGCGACCAUGUCUGGCUUGUGGGAAUACCCUGACAUGAGCCGCCCCGAGUCCAACGUGUUGAUGAACGCGGAGUUUGUCAACGGCUGGUUGGAGGACCUCUUGGCUCAAGGAGAAUUGGCAGAUCGCUGA